AUGCGCACUCACCUUUACAAUACCGCUCUUGCUCUGAUCCUCAUGGUCCCGACGUUCGCAACCCCCGUUGCAUACCCGGCCAAUUUUGAAACCGAUCCAAUGCUUCAAGUCGGUAAUAAGGAGGCUUCCUCCUAUGCUGGCAGCUACAAGCGAGGCAACUGA